AUGGCUGUGAAGGUUUCCCAUUGGCAUAACUAUCUCAGAGUGAUACUGUCCAGGGAGGACCAGAGGAUGGAGCAUUUCCAAAGGGCAGAGAACAUCCUGCUGACUGUGUUAGAGGAAGUUAAUGCCAUCGAUCCCAGGUUUCUAGUGGAUUAUUCGAGAAACCUGGAAGCCUUUGAAUUUGCCCUCUGCUCCUCAGAGGAUGAAGUGACUGUUGAGGUUCCCCUGUGGCUUAAUGGCGAUGACCUCUUGAUGAAGGAGGGCUCAGGUCACUGGAGCCAGUCUGGAAGGGGUACCAGCAGACACUAUCCAGUAUCAGACUUCUGCUACUUAGGAGUGCCCAAGGAAGGAGCUGGCUUGGAAAACUGGACCAGUAAAGACGUAUUCAGUACAGCAGACAGUGCUGAAUGCAGUGGGUACAUAGUCCCAGGCAAGGUUCUCAGACUCCUGAGGGAACUCAUUGUUGCUGCCAUUGUACACUGCAAGCACCAGUUCCUCAUCCAACCAGGUGACCUCAGUGCUGAGAGACUGAAGGAAGAAAGCAUGCAGCUGCCUCUGCUAGUGUCCAGUGGUUGGAAGAUUAUCCAGUUCAACCUCAUCCCAGUUGUGAAGAGAACACAGGCAAAUCUUAAACUCAGCAGCAGCAGAUGGAGAGAAAGAGGAUUUCCAGAAGGCAGCCUGAGCAGAGUAACCCAAGGGGUGGACUUCAUCCCUGCCACAUAUCAUCACUGGAGGUACUCCACUAAUCGUCCUGUUGUGAGACUGCUCCACAUCAUGGGCACUAUGGAAGGUCACCGUUUAGACAGCCUCCGCCUUCUGGACCAGGUCAACAGUGAAGACUGGAGAGAAGAAGGCAAGAAGAGAGGACUCUCAUUCAAGCAUUUGGAGAUGGUGUUGCUGUGGGCCACGAAGCUGUUCCCUUCCCCUGAGGACUGGGAAGAACUAGAAGGAUCCAUCUAUCGGCUCCUUGUGAUCCUCCUUUGUAGCUUGGCAACCAAAAACCUACCCCACUUCCUGCGUCCUGAGGAAAACCUCUUCCAAGAAGAGGACCUAGACCUGACCACCUUAUACCACAAGGUGGAGGGGUUUGCCAGUACCCCACAGCGGUUCCUCAAGUUCCAUUUCACUCCCAUGGGGCAUAACAACCUUCAGCAGAAGGAUAUGGGCAUCCAGGCCUUGCUGCAGCUCCCAGCUAAGAACAGCAGCUACUGGGACACUGCCUUCUUCGAUGUCCUGCUUAGUAAGUUUCAGGUCUACCGGAUCCAGGACAAACAGAGGCUCUCUGCUAUGUCAGAUACUUUACUGAAGGCCAAGAAAGCAGUUCAUGACCAGAGCUGAGCCGUGUCCUGCAUUGCUGUUUCUGCUUUGAUCACAGCCCUCUUGCAGGAACCAAAAAUUCCUUGGGUAGUUCAACAAGGCAGAGAAAAGAGAAGGGGCAAUCAGAGCAGAGAGGAAAUAAGCUUGUGGUGAGGCCUGGGAUGGAUAGGUCAUGUCAGCAGAAGGGGAGAGGUGAUGGGCUCACUUAUGGAUUUUAUACAACCUCUGCCUUUUAAUGAGCAGGUGAAUAUACUCUGUGUAUGGUUUUCUGUUUAGGACACUCAGCAGUCCCUUAUCAUCAUACCAGUAGCUGAAUUCUCUGUACAUACUGUGCGAGCCCAGCUGGUUGCAAUUACACUUAAUAUUUUUUGUUAUUUGGACUGGAUCUUCUGCUGGGAAAUAUGGUGCUCCUGGGCAAAUCCAGUCACACAAAGACCUGUUGUGCCACAUGUCUCUGUUUAUUAAUAUAGUGUAUUCCACCCUCUGUUCACAUCGCAUGUACUGGCAAAUUUACACAUGCACAUGGUGUUUGUUUUUGUAUGGUUUUGUAUAUCAAAUCCUGCAGUUAGAGCCUGGCAUCUGAUCCUAUGGUCCUGAUUGGUUUAAAAUACCUUUUUUGGAGGAUGUAGCUUCCUGAUUGCAGGACCACUGUGUGCUGGUGGCCUAGCCCCUGCUGGCUGUGGGGACAAUUGGGGCAGAGGCUGCAAGGAAGGAGAAGGAAGAAGUGGACAGGGCUGAACAAGAAGCCAUGUUCCUAGAAGGCCUUGGGCCUGCAGAUCAGAGCACAGCUGCCAUGCUGCAAGGAGUGUAAAGGGAGGCUAUGAGUGCAGAGGGUGUAGAUAAGCCAGUUCUCUGAACUAGGCAGCAAUAGAUCCUGCACUGCUUAUAACUUUUAAAGACUGCAGGGUGCUAAGGAGGGGACAUAGGAGCAAAGUAGGCCUGGCUGAAGAGACAGGGGCUUACCUGUGCUCCCCAUCAUGUAAACAGGACACUUAGCUCCUUGCCCCCCUAUGUAGGCCCACUCUGGCUUCUGGGCAAGAGCAUCACACAACACUGCUGAUGCACACUCAGGUUGCACUGGGUCCCUAUGACCACCUCACCUUUCCCCUUGUAUGCUGGAGUGCAUUGUUCCACAACUGAAUGCUGCAAAAUCAAGUCAUGAUCAGGGCUGUGGGAUAAUUCUGUAUGCUGCUGCCUCACCACCUCCUCCUGCUGUGGACAGGUUGAAAGCCAAAUCAGAUCUAUGACUGCACCUAUCAGCUGGAUCAUGUUAUUCCACUCCUCCAGCACCUCAUUGGCCUUGUCCCCUCUUGUUUUUUCCUGUCAAUCCCACACUGCCCUGACCACAUGCUGAUUAUUUGCCAGUAAAGCAAACACUCUGAAUGUCCAUGUGCAGAUCCAAUCAAUACUGCAAACAGCCAGUUCUCAAUGGAACGGUCUGCCCUUCUGAGUCUGAAAGGCUCCUUUCUCCCCUGGAAGGUGCUUCAGCUGGCCAGGUGUUCACCAAUAUUUUGCCAGGUACA